GUGGUUGUUAGCGCCAGUCAACGACUGAGCUUAACCGAGAAGUGUGUGCGCAUUAUGCCGAACCAGUUAUUAAAGACUGAGAUCUUGUUUGAUUCCAUUUCUCGUAAAACAUAUUUAGUAAUAGAACAAAAAAGGGCUGAGCAAUCUUUUUCUUCACUUAUUCCCUUUGGAUAACAGAGUGAAAAAAGGGAAAGUUAGAAGAUAGCUAUAGGGUUGUACUCGACAUCACGGUUGCUUACGUCGCACUCACAGUCACUGCACAAUGUCGUCAUCAGAAUCAGCUGUUUGCCAAACAUGGCGCUGUCGAAUGCACAAAGCAAGUGAUUUUUGGACAUGUAACAGAAAUUCGGAUACAGGAAUACGGUGUUUUUAUCAUGUAGUGCAUGUAGGAGUCGUGUGGUGCUAUGGUAUAGAUCGACAUUUCAAGUAAGCCCUUCCACCUACUGCAUAUGCUCCAUCGGCGUGCACAAAUAAAACAGAUUAUCUUACGCAAUGCUGUUUAUUUGCGUGUGAUUUUUGCUGCAACUUGUCAGAUGUAGACAAUGGCAACUCUAACGGUUGGUCGAAAGCUAGGACGUACUUUUAAGGUGGUGGAAGUUUUUUUGCGCCGAGAAUGCGGUACAGAUAGUGUAUGGAAUAAACCUGAAACAUCUCAGUUAGCAAAUACGCACCGGAAGAAAGAACAUGGCAUAAUGGAUAGCUCAGCGAAAAUCCGAAGCCGACGUAAUUCUUCGUUAGUUCGAACAAUCAAGAAAUAUCUCAAUGGAUUGAUCGUCGAGAACAAAAUAACAAAACCCCUAGGAACGAUCAUAGCAACACAAAAUGAUUAUCUCAAACAGGAGUUUGGUCCCCGUGUUGAUUGUUCCAACAAGUAUACUUCGCAUACAUGUAAUGUUACCGUCCCGUUCAUGCAGAAGUCAUCAUCUUUAACUCGUCACUUCACCAUUAGGAGUAAAAUUAAAGAUCGCAACCAACUGUCACAUGGAUCUCUGCGAAUAGUCGAAACCGGGUACAAGGAGCUACCGAAUGAAAACGUUCAGGAAAAAAUAUGGCCGCGCUUCGAUUACCGUAAGCAUUCGUCGCGAUUAGCUGUAGUUAAGCUCAAGCCUUCGAAAUCGAUUAAUAAUAAAAGUAGUAGUACUGAGUGAAGUCUGGUCGGAUUAUUGAGCCUACUCUUUUAUCUGUCUGUAAGUGACCAAUGACGCCGAAAAAGUCAACGACUUGAUGCAAAUGAAACAUCUCAAGUAUCGCAUACCACAAUUUUUACCUAUUAUAUGAUUUUGUUGCGACCUGUUAUAGCUUCAAGAUAAACUUUUCAAAAUUAUGAAAGCUUCGAACGACGUAGAACUCUGUAUCAGCAUACGACACACUGGCGCAAACUUUGGCAAGCGGAGAACAGCUACUUGAAUGAUGGCAAAUUUAUUUCACCGACUCCUUUGUUUGGAUUUUAGAUUUGUAGGUUGCAUUAACCAGGAAUUUAUUAUUAACAUGAGUAUUUCAGUACUUCGCUAACAGCAGUAAAAUUAAAAAAAACACGCAAGGCAAAUA